AUGGACAGCGUCGUCCAUCAGAUUCACACGCUAUCGACACAGAAUGAAAGCGACCUCAAGAAGCUCAAGGACUUCCUGAGACAUGAGCAGGAGACCCUCAAGGCAAACGCACCGCAGAUCGAUCAAGCCCUGCAAGCGCUGGAUCCCGUGCAGUGCACCCUGGGCGUGGCCUACCUGCUGCAGGCGCAGCUGAGUGCUGCCGUGUUUUCAAACCAGCGGGCGACCUUCGCCUUCAUCUGCAACUUCCUGCAAGUCGCAGACGGACUCCAGGCCAAGAAGGCGGCAUCUCCCAUGACAGCGGUUUGCCGGAGCUUCUCUCAGAUGGCCAUCGAGCUGGGGCAGCAGGCGAUGCUGAAGAGCCUGAAACCCUUGCGGUCUGCCUUGGAAAAGCUGCAAGACACGCCCGAGACCUUGACGCCGGUGCACUCGGAGUUCCUGCGCGUCUGCCUGAAAGUCAAGGUCUACCACCUGGCAGCGCGGCUCCUCGACCAGCCGAUCUUCGACAUCUCUGCGAGUCGGCUCCCGAGCCCGACGGCCACGGCCACGGCCUUUUCCCUCUGCGGAUUCGCCUCCUUUGAAGGCAACAGUACCGGCAACAGCAGUCCCGCGCAACUGACGCCGCAGAGCCUCGAGGGCUUGUUUGCGAGCAUGAUGCGGAGGGCUUUCGCGCUGCCCCUGCCAGGCUUCCUGAGCUAUUUCUACUACGGCGCACUUGUUCGGAUUGGUACGCAGCACUGCCGCUGCACCCCCUGCCUCACUGCCUCCUUAGUCUGUUUGCGGCAGCUGGAUGUGGUGGCUCCAGGGGAUGGCGUCAAGCAGCACUAG